GCCAAACACCUGUUGCCUCGACUAGAUGCCUCCGAGCAGUCGCUCUGAGCAAAGCUGGUCGCCGUGGGCGUCGCACUCUCCUGCUCAUGGCGGCCACCCAGUCACAUCCUUGCUGCCGCCCGUCAUGGAAGUGCUCAAUCCAAGAUCGCGUCCAUCGCCGCAGCGGAAAGCCACGGCUCGAUCGGCAUCAUCACAGCCGACGGCCAUUCCCCGGACAAGCCCGGCUCCUCCCAUUUCACGUCCUCCGUCACCGACCUCGUCUCUGCCUCCGUCUGUUUCCGACCGCACUCAUUCGCCAGCACGCACUAGCAUAUCCCCGGCUGUGCUCACGCCGAUUCCGCCCCAGCGACUCCCCAGCGACACCAUCGGAAUCAAGCUCAUCCUCGCAGCAAGCGUGGUCUGCAGCUGCCUCUUUGUUGGACUGGUUGUUGGGCUGAGUUUACUGCUGGCACGGCGCCGGAGUCGACAGCGGCUGCAGAUGGUACUCCAACGCAAGCGACGAGACGCUAUCGAGGCUUACCGCGCCAGGGUCCGCCAAGACAUGCCCUGUCUUCGCUCAAAUGGCUCUUCCCAAGACGACAGCUCGGGUUCGACUGAGCCUGAUCCUGGACCCGUUCAGGAUCCACCAUCAUUCGGCCGACUUCAAGAGUCGAGACACAUUUCCUGGCAAUGCGACCAAAUAGCCCCAGCUUCGCCCACACCCACCAAUCCACCAAGUUGCAGCUCCAGACAGAUCAUGCAGCCAGCACAACCGCGGAGUAUACUGCUUCCGCUGUGGGGCCGCAGUCGCCGUACGGCUGCAACGAAAACGAUAUUUGUUCGUUCAAAUCACGGGAUAGAUUGAGCAGCGAUAUCGAUCCAAUACCUUCCGCGAACCUGAGCCGGUUACCCUACUACCUUGCUCUCGUCCUUCGAGCUUAUCACCAUGACCGAACCGGACAGCUAUCGCACGGACAGCUGCCUUGUGAUCGCUUGGUCCGUCCGUAUUGACCCACCAGGACUCUGUCUGAUCUGGGGCGUAUAUACCUUCUUUGCAUUUUACUCACUCAUGAAAGUCUGCAUCGGGCGGGCCAUGGGGGAAUACACCUUGCACUCAAGAGAAAACGGGCCAAGAAUCGAAGAAUUCGGACCA